GCAUCGUCUGUUUUGGAGUCUCGCGAAUAAACCGUGACGGUGUACUCAUUGCCUUGUCUUGGGAUCUCCUUGAGCAAUGACAAUGAUGCCGACCACGACAGGUCAAACGUCUGAACAAUGCGCUGAACUGUCACGAGAGAUUCAGCAUCAUGUACCCAAUGCGACACUUGUUCUGCGGCCUCCUUUGACAUGGUAAUUGAUGGCCACUCUUAUCUUACUCUUACUCUUCGUCUAUUUGCAGCUCUACGUUGUGUCUUGUCUCCCUCAUGCAUCAAUGGCAAGGUCAGAAAUCAGAAAAUGAAAAAUCAAGGUCAUGAAAAAGGCGCCAAACCAUGCUUAUAGCUGGCAGAGCUGCUUACCGAUCAGGUGGAACACCUUUAUUGUUUCUCUCACCUUGCACAGCCACAACGACGACAAUGACGGAUGGCGGAAGGCGACAAGCUACUUUCGUACUGAGUACCUGCAUGUAUUAUUACUGCAUGGUGGAUCCCGACGAUAUCGCCGAGACACGACACCUCGAUGCCAACCAUGCUGGGCCUAUAUAUUUUCACAGCUAGCCAAUCUUCAUCCUCGAAAAGCAAAUAACCAACCAUGAGCACGAUAGAGAUAGAGCCCAUCUACACAGAGUCCCAGCUGAAGGCUCUGGCUCUGGUCAUCUACAUCCCCACAACGUUAUCACUGAUUGGUUCCUCCAGUAUCAUCUAUUCUGUUCUCUCAUCGUUCCAGAAAAGGUCCAGGUCCAAGACCUAUGACAGGAUCAUGCUGGGAUUGAGUUGCAUGGAGGCAGUAUGUGCACUUGGCCUUUUAGUGUUUGGUUCCUGGGCGGUUCCCAAGGAAGCCAGUUCCAUGGCGUAUGGGGCCCGUGGUACCACUGCAACAUGUGCGGUUGCUGGUGUCUUUGCUCACAUUCUUUUUGGCACAAUGAUGUACACUGCCAUGUUGGCUCUGUACUUUUGUUUGCGGGUGCGAUUCCAACUCACAGAAGAUUUCAUUGCUCACAGAAUAGAGCCCUUCCUCCAUCUGUUCCCGGUCAUGAUGGUAGUGGUAUUCUCUGUGAUUGGGCUGGCAGGUGGUUACUUUAAUCCCCUGGAUCGAGUGUCUGGAUUGUGUUGGUUCAAAGAUUAUCCACCUGACUGUACCACAGAUCCAGAUGUGGAUUGCAUCCGUGGGGAAAAUCACACAGGAAUUGCUAGAAUUGCAGCCUCUGGGGCGAUCUUCCUGGCUUUCUUGAUCAUUAUCAUUUGCAUGGCCUUGCUUCUUUUCCAAAUCAUGGCCCUGGAGCACAGACUGAGGAGGUACGCCCACGGCGCCAACAGCACCACACAAUGGAAACGCUCUCAGGAGGUUGGGAAGCAAGCCCUUCAAUAUAUUGGAUUCUUUUUCCUCUGUGGAGUCUGGCCGGUGGUUGGUCAGAUUGUGAUACCACCAGCCGAGUUGGAAUACAACAACAUCAACUUCCCCAUCGCCCUGAUGACGAAACUCAUGACACCCAUGCAGGGGUUGUUCAAUGCCAUUAUCUUUUGGAAUCGGAGAUGGAGCGAAGCAAAACGAUUCACUUCUUCGGGCAGGACAGCGGCUAGUUCCGCCGCGAAGACUACUGUUGUCCGCAAGCAGGUAGACGAACAAGAUCCAACCCAGGCUCUUGAAGACACCAUAGCGACUGGCGAUCCAGAACGAACUGGCACAGACGAUCCAGAAAGCAGGCAUGAGGAGGCUUGGGAUCCCAAAAAUGAUGAAGCCGAUUCCUUUCACGAUGAAGAGUGAAACAAGCGAGGGUCAACAGAAUGUGCAGCAAACGAUGCCAAUCCACCGCAAAACCACGACAGACUGGAUCCUCGUGCAUCUAGAAUGCAGACUGGCAAACAGUCAUCGACACAAUUCUGCGAGGGCAUAGAGCUGGUUAGGUAGGAUGUCUUUGCGUCCUACGGAGCUGCUGUGGGAAUCUGUGGUUACAGUUGGCUAGAGCAGGGCAGGCAGCCACUAACGAACUGGUACACUGUGCAAUAACGCUAUUAGUAGCUAGAUUCUUGGAGACGGCUGCAUCUACCCAUCUGCAUACUCGUGAGCAGUGGGGAUGCACCGCAGCCUUCUAAAGAUAGGGACGGCUCCUCCUCG